GCCCCGGGCAGGGACCCGCCCCCCGGGCGGGGAGGGGGAGCGGAGACGUCAGGCGGGCCGGGGCUUGGCCGGCGCAGUGGCUGAGGCGAAGGGCCAGAGCGUUCUUGCCGCGUGCGCUCCCGGUCGCAGCGCGCCCCAGCCCGCCCAGCAUGUCCCAGACAGUGGCUCUGACCGGCCCCUCGCCCUGGGGCUUCCGGCUGGUGGGGGGCAAGGACUUCAGCACCCCGCUGACCAUCUCCAGGAUUAAUCCUGGGAGUAAGGCAGCCAUGGCUAACCUGUGCCCCGGAGAUAUUAUUCUGGCAAUUAAUGGAGAGAGCACAGAAAAUAUGACUCAUCUAGAAGCACAAAACAAGAUCAAAGCAUGUAUGGACCAGCUGAUGCUAUCUGUGAACAGGGCUGAAGGCAAGACUUGGUCUCCUAAUAUUCUAGAAGAUGGAAAAGCACAAGCUUACCGGAUCAACAUAGAGUCAGAAUCACAGGAUAAUGGGCCCACUCAGAGCCGAAGACCAGUGCCCUAUGCUCCCGGAGGGAGCCCCACUGACAACAAACAGAUGUUGAACUUGCAGUACAAUAAUCCAACGCGACUGUAUCCAAAUAACAAUGUGGAAUCCAGUUUGCCAGCACAGAUGAGUGGUCUCCAUAUUGCUUCGCCACACAGUGCCGACCCUUUAAAACCUCUCCCGAGAAGCAGAAAUGGGAUUGACAUGGAGUCAGAUGUGUACAAGAUGCUCCAGGAUUAUGAAAAGCCAGCUUCGGAGCCUAAGCAGUCUGGAUCGUUCCGGUAUUUGCAGGGCAUGUUAGAAGCCGGAGAGAAUGGUGAAAAACUCGACCGACUCACUGGCCCAAGAAACAUCAAAUCUCCAGUAUCAAAACUUGGUGGUGCCAUGUCUGGAUUGCAGAUGCUUCCUGAGUGCACCAGAUGUGGAAAUGGGAUCGUAGGGACCAUUGUCAAAGCUCGGGACAAGCUCUACCACCCAGAAUGUUUCAUGUGCAAUGACUGUGGCCUAAACCUGAAGCAGAGGGGAUAUUUCUUCAUCGAGGAGCAGCUGUACUGCGAAACGCAUGCAAAGGAAAGGGUUAAGCCCCCCGAAGGAUAUGAUGUUGUUGCUGUUUAUCCAAACGCAAAAGUCGAACUUGUCUAAGUGCAUACUCUAUUCCUGGAGAGGUCAAAAGGCAACUCGCCCACCCACACGCACGCCACUAGUUUUAAAAUAUGUCUGUAAUCAACUCCGAUUACUAGCGUCUCAGUAAAAUGCCUAUUCAGAGAUAAAGCGGUUUACCCUAGGGAUCUCAAGGGGAUGGUGUUGAAAGCAUAUGAACAGAUUUUUUCCUUCCUUUUGACGCUCUGCUUUUGGGUUGUUAUGCUGAGGGGGUUUAAAUAAGUUCUGCCAUGGCCUUGUCCAAGUUCUGUGUAAAUACUGAUUAAUGUUCUACUAUGUUUCAUAUAAAACCAGUAUUCUUUUUUUUCUUUUCAUUUUAAAAUGUAAGGAAAACAUUUUAAAAGCUCAAAGGAAAUAAGGCACUUUAACAAGAGAAACUAACUUUUAUUGCAUUGCUUUAGAUCCAUACCUUUCAGUAACACAUUGAGACCAUGUGGAAGCUAUGUUCCUGCAAUGCAGCACGGUGGUGGGGUGGAGAGAGUUUCAGACAAGAUCUGAUAUUAAGCAGAGAUGACUGUCCUGGGCAAAAAUGAUCUUUUUAAAAAGCAGCCACAGUGAAAUUCACUAGUUACAUGACAUGGCAUUGACCUGAUCUGCAGACCUGAUCCAGGUUUCAAUCAAAAAGGAUUGUGCACCUACAUUCUGCUAUAACAGCGGUUCUCAAACUUUUGUACUGGUGACCCCUUUCACAUAGCAAGCCUCUGAGUGCGACCCUCCUUAUAAAUUAAAAACACUUUUUUAAUCUAUUUAACACCAUUAUAAAUACUGGAGGCAAAGCGGGGCUUAGGGUGGAGGCUGACAGCUUUCAACCCCCCAUGUAAUAACCUCAUGACCUCCGAGGGGUCCCGACCCCCAGUUUGAGAACCCCUGUGCUAUAAGGUUUGCUUUUGUGUUUCCUUAUAGUUCCUGGAAUUCUCUAGUUAUCUAAUGCUUAGGACCCCGAAAUAGUACUGGGGCUGCCUGGGUGAUUCCUGAACUGGUCUUCAGCUCCUAAGUUUGACUGCCUUGUUCUUCCCCCAGCAAAAGGUAUCUUUGUUUUUGUUCAUCAUAGGUCUGAUCCAACUUUUGCUGUUUUCAGUGGCCCCUAGAAUUGUACAGCAACUCUUAAAACUACCUGCCAUCCUGGCUCUCUGUAAUUUCACAGCUGUGGAACUAAUAGCAAAAUCCAUCAAGAACUUAGCAAGUUACAUCAGAACUGGUAAAUGCAGCUACUCUUCCUGGUCUAGAGUGAGUGGGAUCAGAUUCGGGCCCACUGCUGCUCAGCGCAAACCUGAGCCGUUAACAAGGUUUGGUUUCCCUUUUGUUUGGGGGAAAUGUUUGGUUUUUGUCGGCAGAGAUGUUUUGUUCUGGUGUUUGGAGGAUUUUCUUUUCCUUGGGCAUCCUGCUGGAACGGCAUCUGAUAUCCAGUAUUGGCUGAACGUUGGGCCGUUUUGUAAGCUGUGAGCUGAGAUUUGGCUGCUUGAUUGCCACUCCUGCUAAUGGAAGCCAUGUGGCCAAUUUCCCCCAUGCACUGCUUUGGAAACCUUACCCCUGCAUUACCAGCACAUUAAAAAUCAGAAGCCUGGAAACAUUUUUCUUUUAGAAAGGUCAUGUGUGCUGCUGCUGAUCUCUCCCAUUGGAAGAGGCAGUAGGAUGCAGUUGCCACAAUAACCACCAUACACUAGGCAGCUCAUGAGAUUAGUCCACCCUUCUGAAUUGAAUUUGCACUUCAGAGAGCGGUAGAAUGCAUUCCACUGAAAACUGGUGGACUGUAGUUUCCCCCAACUCCCUUUGGGAUCAGUGGGGGUUGGAGACACUCAGCUUGCUGGAAUAUCUGACCUUUGAACCAUAGACGUGGUUUAAGAACAGAACGGAAAACAAAUCACCUUUUUUCUGUGUCAGAAAGCCGAACAUUGAACUGCAUGUUGCCAGGGUUACCGUAUCCUGGUUAUAGUUCUGGUCUUUUUCUUAGCAGUUAAAGAGCAUCAACAGUAACUCUUGAGAAACACAAGACCUCCCCACGGCAUUCCACGCGGCUCCUAGUAAAACAUUCAGUGCAAACGUUCAGUUCCGUUCCGGGCAGAUCAUAGGUUUUGAUCACUCCCCAGAAAAGAAUGUGUUGUGGUUUGAAUUGGACAGUCCAGGGCAGCAUUAUUGAUCAAUAUCAAAAAGAGUUACUAUCUGAUGGGGGAGUGCUAUUUCUGCCUCGGAGCAGUAGUCCCUUUCCCCUACUCCAGCCCCUUAGUGCCAGGGUCAGCUUCAGCUUUUUUGCCGCCCCAAGCGGCGAAGUGAAAAAAAGAUCAAGCCGAUUGGCGGCAUUUCGGCGGCAGCUCAAAGAGGAAGAGAGGGACUUGCCGCCGAAGAUCCGGGCGUGCCGCCCCUUUCCAUUGGCCACCCCAAGCACCUGCUGCCGUCGCUGGUGCCUGGAGCCGGCCAUGCUCAGUGCAGAGAAUUGUGAGGAAAGCAAAACGUGGCACUCUUGAUUCACAGCUGCCUCUUCUGGGCAGGCACAAAAGAGUAUAGAUGGGGCAACUGGCCUGCCCCUCUUUCUCCUGUCGGUUUUCCCUAAAAGGGGUCUGAGAAAUGGGGUCUCAGAAGAAGGUCAGAAAAAAAGAUCUGUUGGCUAGUGCUAGGCAUAGAAAUCACCUGUAGAAAUCAUCCUUCCUAUGGCUGUUACAUCACCCGGUGACACAGAGAGGCUGUGAGGGUUUGAGUGGCAUAUUCUUUAUUCUGUUUGAAGCUAUGAUGGAUCACAGGAGGGAGGUAGAAAUGGGACACAUGGUUAACCGUGUAUUGGUGAAACUGGUUGCUGGCAUAGCGCUGGUAUUCAAGGCUUCCUAGUGCUGAAUGUGCUGUAGUAUUGGCAGGCUGCAUGAGAAGCCAGGGUCAGGAAAUCCUGAGUCCAGGUGCCACUUAACAGCAGCGCAGACAAGUCUGGCUGCUACUGUUUAUGUAGGUCUAACUCAUUUGCAGGAAUUCUUCUGGUGGCAGGGUGAGGGCAUUUCUCUGUGUGAGAGAGUGCGGGUCAUUCCAGCUGACAGCAGCAUGUCCAUUCUCGCUUUUGUUUCACUCGGGGAUCCGUGAUUUACAGCGGUGCUAGAGGAAAUGAGACCCUAAUAGCAUGGCUUCAAGCUUGACAUUUUGGUAAAUAAGGGCUGGCUCUUUUUUUUUUUUCCCUUCUUCAGAGUUAUGCAGUUUAAUCCUGAGCAACAAUGCACCUUCCGUGCCCGGCCUGAACUUCCCCCAAACAAAAGUCACCCAUCCCGCAGAAUGGAGCAGUAGUUUUAUAAUGUGGUUUAGACAGUAGCUUGUUUUCACUUGUGAUCUGUUCAGGAUUUGAACCCAGUGUUCGUCCCAAGAGACAAAAGGCCAUGGCACUGAUGCACUGUGUUUCUCCUGGUAAUGGAAAAUACCCUUCCCCCUUUACUAUCCUGUGCUCACCAUCAAAACCUACAUCAGGUCUGUAAAUCCAUCCACAUCCUGGUUUGCAACUCCCUUCAGUGAGGAGCGGGUUUAAUGAUUACGGUCCAGGUAACAUAAGGGGGUUCUGUCGCAUAGAUAGCUAAGUAUGGGUCUCCUCUUACAUAUGCUUAGUCUUUCUUAAGGGAUGGGACCAUAUGAACAUUAAUACUUUGGACAACUGUAAAUGAUUAGCUGUACUGCUAAACUCCUAAUCAAGUAUAAAAUACUAUUGCACUGUGUUUGCCCGCCACUACCGGAAGUGUAUUACGUUGCAAUUGUCAUUCACAUUCAUUUGUACUUGGUUUAUUAACCUCGGCCCGGCUUACUGGGCCCGGCGUAAUUGGUUAUAAUAGGUUUUGUGAAGUGGGCGCCUGCCUUACCUGGUUUUGGGGUUGUGUUCGGGUAUUUAUGUGCUGAUGUAUCAUCGCUGACAAUUGGUCUCUUUGCACUUCCUCUAUAAAUGCUGCUUGUGGCUUAUUUCCUCUAGCUUUAUUGCUCCACUUAAAAGUUUAAAUCUGUUAGUCUUUAAGGUGCCACCAGACUCCUUGUUGUUUUUGUAGAUAGACUAACACGGCUACCCGCUGAUACUCAAAAGUUCAUGUUCAUUUUCUCAUGUGCCCUUUAGCUAAUUGUCUGCUUAAUGAGAAAUCAUGGUAAUCCAGGACUAGGAGUCAAGAGAUAUGGGAUGUGCUGCCAGUCGUGCCUGGGGCAAGUCACUUAACCCUGCUCUCUGCCUCGGUUUCCCUAUGUGUAAAAUGAGUGUAAGACUUCUUCAUAUGGUUGUUGUGAAGCUGAGUUGAUGUUGUCAAGCACCUUGACAUACUCAGAUGGAAGGUAUCUUUUAAAUCAUGAAAUAUCUUUUUAAUCAAACACCAAGAUUUAAGAUUGUAAAGUCGUUUUCCCCUAUUGUAAGUGCCAUCUCUCAGAAAGCCAUUGCGUAAUAUGAGGUGCGGGACACAAGCAUGUGUGCCCAUUGGAUUUGCUUGACUCGAAACAGAUACUUUACAUCCUUCUGGUUCCCACAGAGAAAUAAAUAGUCAAACAUCCUCUUCAGGCCUUUACCCAUUUUCUCAUUAUUCAAAUAUUUGUGGCAACAAAGAAUGAUAGUUAAUGCCUGAUAGGCACGUGUAAUAAUAAUCAUAUGGGGACCUGGCAAUAAGUCGGAAGCAUAGUGACAUAGAGCAGAACAUGGAAGUUUCUGAACAAACAGGAUUGAGUGCAGAGUUGACUGGGCAGGAGGAAGUGUACUAUGAGACUGGUCUACCCAGCUUUCCAAAUGUAUUGUUGUGAGAACGACGUAUUUGUCAGGUUGGGCCAUCUACCACUUUCCAGCACCUCUGUCUCCUGUUCAGCUCCAUUUCUAAGGCGGUUUUUCACACUGCAGGUGUCCAGCAUACUCUUCAGAUGUGUUGUAACACUAACAUGAGGCACCACCUUAGACAUUCAUAAAUUGCUUCAUUACCCUUGCGUUUGAAUGUAUAAAUCAAGCAAACCAUUCACUUAGGCAUACUCAGUGGUCUCGUUUAGCUGUUAUAUAAAUAACUGCUGGCAAGUUCUGACCUUAGGGAUUCAAACUUACCUCUCUUUUCAUUUGCAAAUAAGUUCCCACAAAUCAAAAUUUCCAUACACUUGUCUCAUGGCCACUCUUUCUUAUGAGUAAUCAACUCAUUUGCUCCCCUGAGUAGCUUAAAAAUGGAGCCACCUCACACGAUAAUAUCCUGUGGUAAAUUAGUUCCUGGACUGAUUCCAUUUCGCUUACAUUAUUUGCCUCGUAACAAAUGACUAAAACCAGACUGCUGUUCUACCUGCCGUACCAGGCUAGUGACAAGAAUGAACCUUGUAAAUACCGUAAGUGUCUGUUAACUCUAUUAUUUAACUCUGUAAAGCAUUUGGGGGAGAGCGUUUGUAUGAAAUACAAAAUAAAGUUGUACUGUCA